GUGUCUGUUAAUUUAACAAUACUGCUUCUGGGUCUUCGUCUUCGUGUUCCAUUGCUACUCCACUCUGACAGCUCAAGUGUUGUUCUUUGGAUUCCUUUCAUUAAUGGUCUCAAGUGUUGAGCAACAGGAAAUUUUGGGGUCUAUGUGAACUGGGUUUUUGCACAUACCCUGAAAGUUUGGGCCUUUAUUGGAUUUCGGUUACUGCAGAUAUAAAUUGAUAUGCAUUUAAAGCACUGAAUCAAAACAGCCUAUGAAUACUUUAAGACAGGAGAAUCAGAUUGAGGCUGUCUAACAGUUAGUAGUCUGGUAUCUAGAGUUUUGUUCUUAGUUCAACUUCUUUGAAGAGGUGAGAGGUAUACUCUGAUGGCCAAUCUGGGUUAUAAGGAAUCGCUGUCAUUUGGAGGCUCAGGCCAUGCGCAGGGGCAACAAGUUGUGCCAUUUGAGAGUGGCGCAUUGAAGCUUUUGCUACAUGGGUCCCUGGUUAUAUGUGUCAAUGAGGCCAAGAACCUUCCUAACAUGGAUGCGUUUCACAAGACUCUAGCAAAUAUUGUUGCCAGAUUGCCUGGGACAGGCAGCAACAAGAUCACUAGUGAUCCGUAUGUGACGGUUUCAGUUGCAGGUGCUGUGGUUGGGAGGACCUUUGUGAUUAGUAAUAGUGAGAAUCCUGUUUGGGAGCAGCAUUUUGAUGUUCUGGUUGCGCAUUAUGCUUCACAGGUGCGUUUUGUUGUGAAAGAUAGUGAUGUGGGUUCACAGCUCAUAGGUGUUGUGGCAAUCCCAGUUGAGCAGAUAUAUUCCGGCAUGAAAGUUGAGGGGACUUAUCCGAUUCUUGGUUCCAAUGGGAAGCCUUGUAAGCCUGGAGCUGCUUUGAGUUUGUCGAUUCAGUAUAUCCCUAUUGAGAAAUUGACCUUUCAUAAUAAUGGGGUAGGUUUGGAUCCUGAUCACCAAGGGGUUCCUGGCACUUACUUUCCUGUUAGGAGAGGCGGUAAGGUUACUUUAUAUCAAGAUGCUCAUGUGCCUGAUGGUUGCCUUCCGAGUAUCAAGCUUGACGACAAUGUUGAGUAUGAGCAUGGGAGUUGUUGGCAAGACAUAUUUGAUGCAAUAAGUCAGGCUCGUCAUUUGAUAUACAUUGUGGGAUGGUCAGUGUACCACAAAGUUAGGUUGCUCCGGGAUGGUAGAACAGAUUGCAUGUUAGGUGAUCUUCUUAAGAUCAAGUCGCAGGAAGGUGUGAGAGUGCUGCUUCUUGUUUGGGAGGAUCCAACUUCUACCAGCAUUAUGGGAUAUAAAACGGAUGGAAUCAUGCAAACCAAAGUUGAGGAAACUCGCCGUUUCUUCAAGCAUUCUUUAGUCCAAGUGCUACUUUGCCCUCGAUCAGCUGGAAAGGGUAGCUGGGUCAAGAAACAGGAAGUAGGAACAAUCUAUACCCACCAUCAGAAAACAGUGAUUGUUGAUGCUGAUGCAGGUCAGUUUAGAAGAAAGAUAAUUGCAUUUGUUGGGGGUCUGGAUCUGUGCCUGGGACGCUACGAUACUCCAGAGCAUCCUAUAUUUAGGACUUUACAGACAGUCCACAUGGAUGAUAAUCAUAACCCUACUUUUUCGGACCGUGUUGUUGGUUGUCCAAGGCAGCCAUGGCAUGAUUUGCACAGUAAAAUUGAAGGUCCAGCAGCAUACGAUAUCCUCGCCAAUUUUCAGGAGCGUUGGUUAAAAGCUUCAAACCCACGUGGGAUUCAGAAUCUAAAAGCACAUGAAGAUGCAUUACUCAAGAUUGAGAGGAUCCCUGAAAUUAUGGGGAUGGCAGAUCUUCCUCAACCGAGUGAGGAUGAUCUAGAAGCUUGGGACGCUCAGGUUUUUCGUUCAAUUGAUUCCACUUCUGUGAGAGGAUUUCCAGAAAACCCAAAAGAUGCUUCGAGCAUGAACCUGGUGUGUGGGAAAAAUGUUUUGAUAGACAUGAGUAUACAUGCCGCAUAUGUCAAAGCAAUCCGCACUGCUCAACAUUUCAUUUACAUAGAAAACCAGUACUUCCUUGGAUCAUCAUAUAAUUGGACCUUGUACAAUGAUUUAGGUGCAAACAAUUUAAUACCAAUGGAAAUUGCUCUCAAAAUUGUGAAUAAAAUUAAAGCAAAUGAGAGGUUUGCUGUGUAUAUUGUUAUCCCCAUGUGGCCGGAAGGUGUUCCUACUAGCACUCCUAUUCAACGAAUUCUCUUUUGGCAGCAUAAAACAAUGCAAAUGAUGUAUGAAAUGAUUUACAAGGCUCUACUGGAGGCUGGACUUCACAAUAGAUAUUGUCCCCAAGACUAUUUGAAUUUCUUUUGCCUCGGUAAUCGUGAGAAACCAAGUGGUGAAGAAAGUUCUUCUGCAAAAAAAUUAAAUGAAGCAAACAAAAAAGAAGCAAACACUCCUCAAGCACUCACUCGGAAGAACCGGCGCUUUAUGAUUUAUGUUCAUUCAAAAGGAAUGAUAGUGGACGAUGAAUAUGUCAUAAUUGGAUCUGCAAAUAUCAAUCAGCGAUCCAUGGAAGGUACCCGAGAUACUGAAAUAGCAAUGGGGGCUUAUCAGCCUCAUCAUACUUGGGCAAGAAAACUCUCAAGUCCACAUGGAAAGGUAUAUGGAUAUAGAAUGUCACUGUGGGCAGAGCAUAUAGGACUUGUUGAAAAAUGUUUCAAGCAGCCAGAGAGUCUUGAAUGUGUCCAAAGAGUAAGGACUUUGAGUGAGCAGAACUGGAGUCAAUACAUAGCCGAUGAAGUCACAGACAUGAAGGGUCACCUCCUGAAAUAUCCGGUUGAAGUUAGUCCAACCGGCAAGGUGGAGCCUCUUCCGGGAUGCGCAGCAUUUCCAGAUGUUGGCGGCUACAUAUUGGGGAGUUCUGACGUUCAGUUUACAGAGUUGACAGGAGAUUUUGAAACAACAGGAGAUGUUCGGUCCAUGGCUUGUAAGUUAUUAUCAGCUCUGUCUCUCUGUUUGGUGAUUUGUUGGAGGUAUCUCCAGCUAGAAUCUUUUUCUAGAAUUAUUAUUACUACACUUUCCAACAGGAAGCCUAAACUCUCAUAACUAUGUAGGAGUAAAAUGUCACAAGUAACACUUAUGACUUCUAAGUUCGAUGACACUUCACUUGUUAGCGUC